GUUCACUAAGCAAUUCGACUAAUUUCUACACCUGCAAUGUCGCCCGAAGAGAAAGAGAAGGCUAAUGACGCCAAAGCCGCCUGUCGCGGCACCCAGCCUGCACCCCAGCCUGCAGGUUGCCUCGCUAACGCGGCGAGAGGAGAACAAGGUGAUCGAGCUGAAGCGGCAGCAGUCGUAUGACCGGUGUGCCGACGCCAUGCGGUUCUUCUCCGAGUGCAGCGCCAAAUACACGAUCAGCGUGGUCUGGAACUGCAAGGAGCACAAAAACAUCAUGAACGAGUGUCUGCGCCGCGCCAACACUGUCGAUGACAUGGAUCGGGCGCGCGCAAUCUUUCUUGACGAUAUCAAGGACAAGCCGCGCACGCUCAUCUAGCAUGGCAAUAUGUAUUUGAGAAAUAUAUCUGCUCCGUGUCUACUUUU